CCCAUGCCUCUGUCCCUCCUGCUGCUCCUUAUCCUGGUCCUGCUCCUCGAGGACGCCGGAGCCCAGCAAGAAGGAGAUUCAUUUGAAUCCCAUCAUGAAGGAAUGCUAAAUGGUACAAUGGGAGCAGCAACUGAAACUUCUCAGCAUUGCUUGCCUCUUCUAGAUGCUCAAACACCAAAUUUUAGGAUAAAAGGUGAUGGAUGUGGACAUACUGUACUAGGCCCUGAAAGUGGAACCCUCACAUCAAUAAACUACCCACAGACCUAUCCCAACAGCACCGUUUGCGAAUGGGAGAUCCGUGUAAAGAUGGGAGAGAGAGUGCGCAUCAAAUUUGGUGACUUUGACAUUGAAGAUUCUGAUUCUUGUCAUUUUAAUUACUUGAGAAUUUUUAAUGGCAUUGGAGUUAGCAGAACUGAAAUAGGCAAAUACUGUGGUCUGGGGUUGCAGAUGAACCAUUCAAUUGAAUCAAAAAGCAAUGAAAUUACAGUGCUGUUCAUGAGUGGAAUCCAUGUUUCUGGACGAGGAUUCUUGGCCUCAUACUCUGUUGUAGAUAAACAAGAUCUAAUCACUUGUUUAGAUACUGCAUCCAGUUUUUUGGAACCUGAGUUCAGUAAGUACUGCCCAGCUGGUUGUCUGCUUCCUUUUGCUGAGAUCUCUGGAACAAUCCCUCAUGGAUAUAGAGAUUCCUCGCCGUUGUGCAUGGCUGGCGUGCAUGCAGGAGUAGUGUCAAACAUUCUGGGUGGACAAAUCAGUGUUGUGAUCAGUAAAGGUAUCCCAUACUAUGAGAGUUCUUUGGCCAACAACGUCACGUCUGUGGUGGGACACUUAUCUACAAGUCUUUUUACAUUUAAGACAAGUGGUUGUUAUGGAACCCUGGGGAUGGAAUCUGGUGUGAUUGCCGAUCCUCAAAUAACAGCAUCAUCUGUGCUGGAAUGGACUGACCACACAGGACAAGAGAACAGUUGGAAACCCGAAAAGGCCAGGCUGAAGAAACCUGGGCCUCCCUGGGCUGCUUUUGCCACUGAUGAAUAUCAGUGGUUACAAAUAGAUCUGAAUAAAGAAAAGAAGAUAACAGGCAUUGUAACCACUGGCUCCACCAUGGUGGAACACAAUUACUAUGUGUCAGCCUACAGAAUUCUAUACAGCGAUGAUGGACAGAGAUGGACUGUGUACAGAGAGCCAGGCGUGGAGCAGGAUAAGAUAUUUCAAGGAAACAAAGAUUAUCACCAGGAUGUGCGUAAUAACUUUUUGCCACCAAUUGUUGCACGUUUUAUUAGAGUGAAUCCUACCCAGUGGCAGCAGAAAAUUGCCAUGAAAAUGGAACUGCUUGGAUGUCAGUUUAUUCCUAAAGGUCGUCCUCCAAAGCUUACUCAACCUCCACCUCCUCGGAACAGCAAUGACUUCAAAAACACUACAGCCCCUCCAAAAAUAGCCAAAGGUCGAGCCCCCAAAUUUACUCAACCACUACAACCUCGCAGCAACAAUGAGUUUCCUGCACAGACGGAGCAAACGACAGCCACUCCCGAUAUCAAAAAUACUACCGUAACUCCAAGUGUGACCAAAGAUGUAGCCUUGGCCGCGGUCCUAGUCCCAGUGCUCGUCAUGGUGCUCACCGCUCUCAUCCUCCUAGCAGUGUGUGCUUGGCAUUGGAGAAGCAGAAAGAAAAAAACCGAAGGCACCUAUGACUUACCUUACUGGGACCGGGCAGGUUGGUGGAAAGGAAUGAAGCAGUUUCUCCCUGCCAAAUCGGUGGAACACGAAGAAACCCCCGUUCGCUACAGCAGCAGUGAAGUUAAUCACUUGAGUCCAAGAGAAGUCACCACGAUGCUGCAGACCGACUCUGCAGAGUAUGCACAGCCACUGGUGGGAGGAAUUGUUGGCACCCUUCAUCAGAGGUCUACCUUUAAACCAGAAGAAGGAAAAGAAGCAAGUUAUGCUGACUUAGAUCCUUACAGCUCCCCGGUUCAAGAAGUUUAUCAUGCCUAUGCCGAACCGCUGCCAAUUACUGGGCCCGAGUACGCAACCCCCAUCAUCAUGGAUAUGUCUGGGCACCCCGCAGCUUCCGUCGGUCUUCCCUCGACGUCCACUUUCAAGGCUCCAGGGAACCAACCCCCCCCAGUGGUGGGGGCAUACAACACUCUGCUCUCCAGAACUGACAGCUGCUCCUCCGCCCGCGCCCAGUAUGAUACCCCAAAAGGCGGGAAGCCAGGUCCGAGUGCCCCGGACGAACUGGUGUACCAGGUGCCGCAGAGCACACAGGAGGUAUCAGGGGCGGGGAGGGAUGGUGAAUGUGAUGUCUUUAAAGAAAUUCUCUGAAGGGGGUGCUGCUUUUUCUAGAGCAUCGUUUUAAAGCACAUGGCCUUUUUUGUGUUAGUGGUAGUAAUAUAUAGAAUGUAUUACGUAUCUGUCACAGACGUGGUGGGGAAAUGUGAUGACCGAGGUACAGGGAACUACUUACUAAUCUUGCCAUCUUGCUUUAAAAGUGUUACUGUGGCAGCUGCCGCUGCUUGCCUGUUAAAUUUCCAACAUCCUGUUUGUUACUACUGUAAAACACUAUUUUUAAUACAGAAAAAGCUCCCUACUAUGCACUUCAAAGAAAUUAAGAAUCACUGAGAGUAUUUAUUACCAAUGCUGCAGGUACGUUCAUGAACUCCAGAGGUGGCUCUGUAAGCCAGACUGGCAAUAACGCACGGUACUGUUCUUGAAAUGUCUAAUGGCUUGAAAUUUUGCUUUGUGAAAGGUGGGUAGUGUCCUGAGUUCUCUUCUAUUCCUCUAUUUCUUAUGGAUUUUUUUCAAAAAUUAGUGAUAGUCAUUGUUUUGAUGGCAGUCGUACACUCACCUGUCUUAGGAAGCUCUCUGGGUGGAAACGGACUCGUAAGGGGCAGGGAGUCUCCACUUUCUGACACGCUGAAGAGCUUUAACACUUAAUGGUGACUUGGAUUCCUCCCUGCUCGUUCCAUCUGGGGCCAGCCCCACUCUUGUGUCUAUAAACUGUUGUGGGGUUUUUUUGUUUUUUGUUUUUUUUUGAGUGAGGCUUGCUUUCUCAGCCUCGUGACUCCUCUAAUUUCAAAAAGCUCGAACAGCGGUUCUAGCCCUGCUCCCCCUUCGUUUGUUCCCAGGCGAGAGGCGUCUGCAUGAACACUGUGAACAGGACCCCUUGCAUUUACCACCGUGAGAAGCAGAUUCCUUCCUCAAAAGUCCUAAAAAUUACCUUAAAAAAAAGGAUUCACCCUCUUUGAGAUUUUCCUUUGAACUUGAAUGUAUUUUUGGUCAAAAAGCAUUUUUAAUUAUCCACAGUGAGGUACUGAAAGCCAGCAUGAAUUCCUCAGUUGUGAGUGUGCUCACCUAGGGACCAGAUGGAUGUCCUAGUAUCCUUGCCGGUGAAUACUGAGGUCUUGUUCUUGAUGCUUCCAGGCAACUUCCUCAUCACCCAUUUGCCCAGAACUAGCUUUAGAUAAGUGACAAAGUCCUGUACAAGUGAUCAGCCCAUCGCAUAAGAAUCAAAAUCUUAGGCAAGAAGAGCUGGCCCUAGGACUAAAACAUAUAAUUUGACAUCCCCUCUUCUGUAAAUCUUAGGUAAUUUCCUUUAGGUUCUAGCCAUUACUUACAGCCUCUGCCCCCAGAUUGUUUCCAGAAUUUGCUAGAUUUGCAAAAAGACAGUGUUCGUUUUGCUUGCCUCAGUGUAUCUGUAUCCUAAAGCACUGCUUUAAAAAUAGAAUUCUUUCUGCAGCCUCUCUGCCCUCCAGUACUGUGAUUUUUUUUUUUUUUUUUUUGGUGUUACCUUGAUUUGCCUUUGCUUUUCCAGACAAACUUUGAGGCAUAAUUUUAUUCAUUGAAAAAAUAUAUUGUUUCAAGAUAUUUGAAACAAAAAGCACAGAUGGUGAACUUUUAUUAAGACACGAAUGUGUGUAGCACAGGUAUUAAUGCAGGCAUCCCCUUUCAGGUGGGAAGAGUAAACCAAUUUAUUUUUUUAUUCAUCCUCCAUACAUAAUAAAUAAUUUCCCCAAUCAAGGCCUGUUUGAGAAGCUUUAAGAGAAACCAUUUCAUUUUCCCAAAGAUGCCUGUUCUUUUUAAUUUUGUACACCUGAUUUUUAAGAGGUCAAUGUUUUCUUAAAUGAUGAACUACCAAUGAUUUUUAUAAGUUUUUAUUGCUUUUUAUAUUUUGCUUUCCAAAUGAAGAGCUGAGCCUGAUAUAGUUCUGAUUUUGUACUUUUAGUUCAUUUGUUUUCAUAUUAGAGUUUUGUUUUUAACUACAUAUAUCUGAUGCAGCUUUGGAGACAAUCAACUGAACAUGUGAACGUAACUUUUUUUACCCCACCCCCGCCAAAUUCCCUUAAAUUUUUAUUCUUUGCUUGAAACUGGUUUUUUGAAUGAACUUUUUUCCUGUUAGCACAAUUACAAAAAUAGAAUCAGACAGUGGUACAGCAGGUGCGGCCCUUAUAAGCUUUCCUAAAAUCACACUGACUUUAACUGUGCUGGUUCCUAAGGUCAUUUAAUAGUAAAGAUAUUGUGAAUGCUGAGUUAUAUUAAAAGCUGCAACACUAACUGGAUCCUACUGUAUGUGCAGGGUCUAGUCCAGUUAUUUAAAUUCAUGUUUCACUAUUUGCACUUUGCAUUGAACAAUGGGUUUAUCAGCUGAUGCAGUGGUUCAUGUAGAGAAUUUAUACAGCACUUGAAAUUACGGUGUCCUGCGUACUCUUGCCCGCCCCUGCCCCAGCAGAAAAUACACUCCUCUAAACCUGAAAGUGGCCGUAAGUCCGGAGACAGUGAGAAAGCCUGAACUUCUUUGCCUUGGCUCCACACUGACACCUGGAGAGCAAAAGGGCUGAGAAACACCAGGUCAGAUGACAAGAACUACGAGUGAGAGGCGAAAACUUUUUAAACCCUUUUAAAGAGAAAUCAGUUAAGCUCUACCUUUAGAAAACUGCUUAUUAGCUCUGCUUUUCUGUUCUGAACUUGAAGUCCCUAAACUGCAAAAGUCUAGUAAGAGUUGGAUAGUUAUGAAAAUACUGUUGUUUUUUUUUUUUUAGGUCAACUGGCACCGAUUCUUAUUUACUCCAAUUUGUGACUAGGUUUUUUUUUUUUUUUUUUGGCACUGGGAAAGGUGAAAGCAAAACAUAUUGGAAAUAAAAAUGGCUUGAGUGUCAGUGAUAGUCUCCCCGAAUGUACUUUUCUUACCUCGGCAUGUACUGUAGUCACUCGGUAUUUGUAUAUGUUGCUAGAAUGUAGAUUGUAUAAAUAGUGAGAUUUUAACGUGUUCAUGUGUUUUUAAUAAAUUGUACAUAUGUAUCGG